AGUAAGAUUUGUUUUAAAACUUGAGACUGAACUGCUAAAAGCCUUGAUUUGUCUCUCUCUCCUUCACUCUGUGCAUUAUUAAUGUCUACUCAUGCCUAUUUAUUGUAGUAUUAUAUAGUGUAAAGUACCUUCGAGCUGUGUAUUGUCUUGGUGUUGUAUUUUAGAUUUGUUUCAGUAUACAUUUAAAUGAAGGCUUAUUUAUGAAAGAAGGUAAAUGUGGAUGUAAAGUGCAUUUACUAGCUGACAUUUAUUCAAAUGAUAUGUUGUUUAUAGUCACUCGAGUCACUAAUUGAACACCUGGUGACUCCACAGUGACACUAUACAGCUGAAGUAUUAAGCAGGAGUGUGUGUCUGUGUCAAUGUGUGUCAAUGAUGAUUUCUUUCUACCAUUUUCCAGUCAUGUUGAGAAGAAGUCUACGCCUGCAGGAAGCAGGUUAUUACACAGAGCAGGGAACUCCUACCGUUUGCUACAAGGAGGUCAUCUGCAGGGUUUUUCAGAGAAGGAAAGGUUGUGUGGACUCAAUAGAUCACCACGAGUCUAUCGACAACCCACAACACACAAGUAACUUUCAGAAAUGGACUACUAGAUAUAGUAGAUAUAGUGCUACUAGACCAAUAAAGUUCAUCAAAUGGUUAUUCCCCCUGCUCUGGUCGGCUUAUCAAUUGAUACACUUCGCAAUGCUGUGUAUGCAACUAAAUGAAGUCCAGCAGGAGUUGCAGAUAUACAAACAGCAGAUGAUCAUAUUUGCUCCAGACACAAUACCCAACUUUGCCUCAGAGUCUCAAGGAGCCAGGGUUUUACAUCAUUUAUCGUCAGACACAUAUUGGCCACAAAAGGACAUUGGCAUAGUUUGGGAUAAAAUAUUCUACUGGUGGUAUUCACCCAAAGCACAGAGAAGAGUGAUCCAGGGACAUUCACCAUUGCAGCCAGGAAACUGCUGGACCUUUUCAGGAGAACAAGGACAUUUAUUCAUCUCCCUUUCCCACCGCGUCUCCAUCACUAAAGUUACACUGGGCCACAUAGCAAAGAGCCAGUCCAUCCACGGACACAUCGCCAGUGCACCGAGGGAGUUUUCAGUCUACGGACUCAGGACAGAAGACGAGGAGGGAACCUUUUUAGGAAAGCUAGUUUACGAUCAAGACGGAGCAGCAUUUCAGACUUUCGACCUGCCUAAUCCAGAGCAAGGAGCCUUCAGACAUGUGAUGCUACGGAUCAACAACAACUGGGGAAACGUGGACUACACCUGCCUCUACAGCUUCAGGGUUCACGGUAAUUAGUUGGUAAAUCAAUCUCAAAACAUCUGAAGUAGGCUCAAUGUGUUCUUGUGUAUUAUAAAAUAGUAGCAUGCAUAUAUGAAUGAUAUUUGUAAAAAUAGGAAGUUAACAUAAUUGCUUUGUAAUCAAGAGUUGUAUAAUAAUAAUAAUAAUAAUAAUAAUAAUAAUAAUAAUAAUAAUAAUAAUAAUAAUAAUACAUUGAAUUUAUAUAGCGCUUUUCAAGACCUCAAAGCCGCUUUACAAUAGUAGGGG